AACACUGUUCGACUGUUGUUUCGUUUGUUGGGAUGGGUUGGGUUGUUUGAGGUUGUUUUUUUUUUGUUUGUAACUGUGAAUUAAAAUGGAGUUCAAUGUUCCAAUAGUGUUGUUUAGCUUAUUAUUUACUGUUAAAUUUGGUAAAUGCUCUAGUUUUGAACUAUUUGGACAAAAUAUUGGAUGCUUCAAACGAUUACCUAAUGUAUCAGAAAGUUCACAAGUUAUCAGUACUCCAGCCGCUUCUUAUAAUGUUGAAAAUUGUUUGAAUGCAUGUUUGGACGUCGACGGUUACAGGUAUGGCGGUCUCGAGUUUUCCCAAGCCUGUACAUGUUUCAGCUCCAUUGAAACACAAGAUAGAGGCGUAUGCAACAAGACAUGUCCAGGUAACUCUACCCAAAUAUGUGGUGGAGAUGGAUUUGUUAGUAUUUAUGCUACAGGACAUUAUGUUCCAGGUCCUCCAAAAACUCUAAAUCUCUCCAAUACGUCCGAGUCAAGAAUAGAGAUAAAAUGGUCGAAACCGGUAGCGGUUAAUGAAAUGAUCGAAGAUUACGUCGUGUCAGCCAUUUUGAUAGAAACUCAUGCCAGCGUGUCACUGGGACCGAACCUUGAAUGGAACUAUCCCAAUUCGACCAUGAAGGCUGACCUGCUCAACCUACAUCCUGGUACUAGAUACAAUAUUUCUGUGAGAGCAAAUAGCAAAUUGGGCAUGGGGGCUGCCAAGUACCUGGCGGUAUGGACCCAUAUCGGCGAACCCACUCCACCAGAAGACGUGGAAAUCAUUUCUCGCCAGAAGAAUACAAUGAAGGUCAAAGUGAAUCCUAUCAACAAUGAGAACGGUCCUAUUACCGCCUACCGAUUAAUUGUUAUAUCAGAUGUGAAUGCCAUCGUCGAGGAGCAUAAUUUGAGAUCGUGGAGUGACGCCUCAAGAGACGACAUUCCAUACUACAUUGCUGCCGAGGUGGACCCACAGAUAAUUGAAAAAGAAUUCACUGUUGGAGACGGUCGUUGGUAUGGGGUGUAUUUUAAUACCCCUCUCAGUGCUGAGAAAACGUAUCGAAUUACUGUUGGAAUUAAAAGUACAUUUGAAGGCAUAACUCGCUACGGCUAUGCAAAACAAAAACCAAUGAUGAACGUAAUUAUUUUGGAUAAUAAGGCAAAUGAUGAUGAUUCCAGUCUUGCUCAUUGGUUGGUCGUUGCUAUUGUUUUUUCUGCUCUACUUUUGUGUGGAUGCAUUGUUGUUUACUUUGUUAUAAGAAGACGAAUUGGAUACAGACGUAGAAGAGCAAACUACCGACAGGAACUCACUUUACAAGGCCCAAUUAUUGAAGUUGUAAAUGAUGGAUACGUACCUGAGGAAAUCGAUGAACGUGUCAAUUACUAUGAAAAGCUUCAACAACAAGUAUGGAAUAUUCCAAGAUCUUCGUUGGAAUUGAAAGAUGAGCAUGUGGGUCAAGGUAGAUUUGGCUCUUUGUUCAAGGGAGUUAUCCAACAUAGAGGAAUACCUAUGCCAACUUUAAUAUACUCUAUUGAAGACGGAAAACUGUGUGACGUUGAUAAAAGGACCAUGCUGAAGGAACUAGGCACCUUGAUAGAAUGCGGCAAACAUAACAAUGUUCUAGCCCUAGUUGGAACAAGCGAAGCUCCAGAAACACUUUUCAUUGUCCUAGAAUACCAUCCUUCAUCAUUGAAAGAAAUGCUUGUUGAGGGUCGGAUUCUAUCUCAACCGGAAAAAGAUAAAAUCAAAUUUUGUUCGAUAUUGGAGAACGACAUUAUUUCAUUUGCGAUCGGCAUUAGUCGCGGAAUGGAGUUUCUUUCUUCCAAAAAGAUAAUUCACAAGCAACUGACCGCAAGAAAUAUUGCCAUGGCGGAUGGUGUAGUGCCUAAAAUAACGGGAUUUGGUAUUUCUUCUUAUCACAAACAAAAUCAAAUUGCUGACUAUACAAGGUGGACAGCGCAGGAAGUGUUUAAAAAGUGUUCCUAUUCCACCAAAAGUGACGCGUGGUCGUUCGGUUGUUUAUUAUGGGAGAUCUGUGUUGUAGGUGGAACUCCGUAUGCCAAUGUCGAAAAUCACCAUGUAAGCGCUCGUGUAAUACAUGGACUUAGGUUACCACAAACUGAAUAUAUCGGAGAUUGCCUAUACCAGCUUAUGCUAGAUUGUUGGCAGAUUGAUCUUGACGAGAGACCUUCAUUUCGAGAUAUAACAAGUACAUUAGAAGGAAUUGUUGACAGAAAUGAGGUGCCAAUCGAACUGAAUUUCAUUUUAUACCCUGGAUUUCAGUACAUGCCAUAUUUUGACGAUCUCGAGCUACAGUCGUAGUGAAGGCUGGUAUCCAAUUUCAACAUCAGCAGUAUGGUUUACCACUGUCCACGUCAUUUUAUCGCUCAAUAUUUUUACAUUUUCUUCCUCCUGUGAUUGGAAGACAACAAUCUUCGACAAAAUGUCUAAAUUGGAAGUACUCAUAAUACAAUCUUAAAACUAGGAUUUACAACCAGAAAUACUAAAAUUCUUCGUCCUAGUCAGUAGUUCGAAACGUAUUUUGUCAAAUUUCAAUAAUACGAGUACCAGGCUCACUUUUAUUAGUUUAAUUUUAUUUUUUAUAUUAUUAUUAUUAUUAUGACAAACCACCUAUAUUAGUGGAUCUUAUUUUUACUUAUUGAUAAUUCUUUGUCAGUAUUCUAUUAUUCCGCCCAUUAAUUUUCGUACUUAUCUUAUUCAGUAUUAUUCAUUUGUAUCUCAGCUAUUCUAUUUCAUGUUACUUUAAUACAUUUUUAUAUAUUUAUCAAUAUUAUCAUAGUUUUAAUUUGCAAUCGAAUCUCUUGUCCUGGUGACGACACCUUAUAUAUUCUAAAAUGUUUUAUUCAAUCAUUCAUCUCUUGAACUAUCUAAAUCCAACUUCGAUCAUUAGACAAUUGCUAAAAGAACUUUACUUGAAGUGCUAUGUUAAAGAAACAUUUUGUUGAAAUUCUUGACUUUUUCGAUGAACUGAUAUGAAUAGCGAAUCUCUAGCUGCAUCUAUUCUCUCAAUUUGGAACGUUUUUGCUCUCGAUUUAACAAUUAGGAAUGUUAGAUUUUUAUACACAUAUUUAUAUUUACAUUCCUAAAUCACUUUUCACCAUUCCUAAAUCACACCCAAAUCUUUACAUAAUCAGCUAAUUAUUCUAGUGUCUAGUAUUUUCCCCAUUACUUGUAAGUAAUAUUACUUUUUUAUAUUUUUUUAUAAUGUUGGACAGUAUUUGAAUAGUCCAUAUAUUUUCUUAUCGCUUAAGGUGCGUACAGACUUAUACUCUACUCCGCAAACGAACGUUACACGAGCAGAUCGCAAGAUGAUCGCAGGUCGAGCAAGAGCAGAACGCGAACAGAGCGCGUAACAGAGCGCGAGCUUGGCAUAUUCCUAGGGCAGACUAACCAAUAGUUGCGCAUGCGAGGUUAACGUUUUUAUUGGAUCAGUUACGAUCUCUGUGUUAGCUUAUAAAAUUAUCAAAAUUAAUUGAAUUAUUAAAAUUUUGCAGAGCUUUCCAACCAUAGUUAUCAGUUAGGCUGUCAGUUAUAGCUAUCACUGAACUAUGAGGGAAAUUUUCAAAAUGUCAACUCAAGUAAAAUCUAAGAUUUGAAAUCUGAUAAAAAAUCAUAUAGAAAAUCGCCUUCUAACGUUGUUAUCAAACAUUCUCUAUUCUAAAAGAAAUGAACUUGAUAAUUUAAAGUAUAAUUUAUCUGAUAAUUUCUUGAAAAUUUAGUACAAACGGAUGAAAUUUUGAUCCACAAUAAAAACUUAUAUCAUUAAAAUUCAUUCGAAAAAUAUUUACAAUUGCAAUAAGUUACAUUUCUACUGCAGAGCAUUGCACCCAUAGUUAUCAGUUAUCACAAAACUAUGAGGGAAAUUUUCAAAAUGUCAACUCAAGUAAAAUCUAAGAUUCAAAGUCUGAUAUAACUUAAAAUAAAACUAAAUAAUUGUAGUCUUCUAACGUUGUUAUCAAACAUGAACUAUUAAAACGAUUUAAACUCAAACGGUCCGCAUCGGUUGAAUGGGAAUCACUGAUAUAUCUCUUAUAAGGAACGCUGAAAGAUUGAAAUGAAUUUAACUAUGCAUCAUAUGAGCCAUAGUUAGCAAUUAUAUGAAUGAAUGGAUAAGUAGAUUCAUGAAUGGAUAAACAAUUCAUGACUGAAUAAAUAAUUCAAAACAUGAAUCAAUCAAUUAACAAAGUCACCCGGGUCGACGGUAACGUUUAUACAAAAUAGAAUAUUCAACAUUUCAUAGUUCAGUUGAAAACAAAAUGUAGUGGGAGACUCAUGUUGAUUUAUUACUGUACCGUAUAUAAAGGAAUAUUCCUAUCAGCCCGUUUGAAAUAAAUUGUUCACACAGUUGAGAGAUGAAGUUCAGCAUCCGUGAUGUCAAUUACUGGUAACAUUCAAUGCUCCGAGUAGACGUUUUGUCAACUCCAAUAACAAAACUCAUGAUUUGAGAUUUCUGAUUCCAGCAUAAUCUUUUUGUCCAAUCUAUACUGUUAUAUUAUUUAUAUAAUAAUGAUUUUGAAAACUGUGCAUCCUGUCACAGAGGUGAUUGUGUAGAACCGUAUCUAUACUAUUAAAUUAUUAAAACGUUUAUAUUAAAAACAUCAUAAGAAACUCUGUUUAUUUCGGCUGUUGAAGUAUGCAAUAUUUUAAUUAAUAAUCAGAGUAAACCUUCACAGCAGGGCUUUGCACCCAUGGUUAUCAGUUAUCACUAAACUAUGAGGGUAAUUUUCAAAAUAUCAACUCAAGUAAAAUCUAAGAUUUGAAAUCUGAUAGAAAAUACAAAAUAGUAAUUCUAGCCUUCUAACGUUGUUAUCAAACAUUAAUUAUUAUCUGAAUUCUAAAAAAUUAACUUGAUAAUUAGGAUGAACGGAUGAAAUUUUGAGCCACAAUAAUUACGUGAAAUUUAUAUUACUGAAAUUAAUUCGAAAAUAUUAACAAUUUCAUUAAGUUACUACUGCAGAGCUUUGCACCUAUAGUUAGUAGUUAACACUACACUAUAAGUGAAAUUUUUAAAAUGUCAACUCGAGUAAAAAACUAAGAUUCGAAAUCUGAUAGAAAAUACAAAAUAAUAAUUCCAGCCUUUUAACGUUUUUAUCGAACAUUCUAUAUUCUCUAAAUUCUGAAAAAAUGAACUUGACAAUUAGUACGUACGGAUGAAAUUUUGAGCCACAAUAAUUAAUUAAAACUUAUAUUAUUGAAAUUAAUCCAAAAAUAAUUACAAUUCGUGGGUCAGCGUGUAAAGAGGAAUAAGUCACUUUUUUCCCAAAAUGUGUUAUUUGUUCUAUUUCACUUAUAAGCCGAUUCUUGAGAAGUGUAAAAGGAGUCCUUUAGGUGAGCUAAUUUUGAAAUAUCGAAGAAGUCGAUAUUUAAAUAUUUUAGCCUCAAUGAUUGAGAAAGUGUCUAAUGGGAGAAAGGGGUUACCGUAUGCCAUAUCAGGAAGACUUAUCCCCUUUUACAUGAUCAGAGAGUAAUGAUUAUACCCAUAAUACCCUUGUAACAAGGGACAAGUUUGAAACGUUCUGACUUGUCUCCUGGAAAAGCAACCUGCAAGAUGUCACAUGCAGAUAAAUUGUUUAAUCUGAUAUUUCAAAAUGAGAAUGGUAAGUUUUUUUAUCUUAUUUGAUGAGUAUUCACUUUAUUCAGAAUGAUUCUUUAUCUUUCAGUAACUAUGAUUUUUUCUUGUUCGUAGAUUUAUUGUUGCCUGAUUAUGAUUACAAAUGCUUAUUGAGGUUGGGUUGAAGCCAGCAAUGCUUUUAUACUAAUGUUAUGUCACACAUGAAGCAAAACUUUUAUUAAAUGUUGUAUUUAUAAUAAUAUGUAAGUACUUAAUAUUAUUAUAGAGGAUAAUUUGUGAGAGAAAGUAAUUCCUCUUGUGGCUAGUAGACCAAAACCCAUAUGAAAUAUAUAUUAUUAUCCAUAACCCAACCUUUUCAAUGUGAAUGAUGAGCUAUUUUAUCUUGUUUGAUGAGUGAGUUGUUUGAAACAGUAAAAAAAGUAUCUCAGAUUUGGCUGAUAUUUGCACUAUAGAUGAAGCUCUACCUGAGUAGUGUCGUAGCCAAAUUUGGCACCCCCAGCUACUAUACAGGAUUAGUUAUGCAGCUUCAAACAUUAUAUUUUAAAAUUUUAAAACGACCAUAUCCAAUGAACGGUAAGGAAUUUUGCAAAUCGGAUUCCAGAAUUCGUGUUCGUAUUUGUCAAUAAUUGUUGACAUGUUCAGUUGUAAAGUGUUUUGGCUGAAUGAAAUUGAAAAUUCCUAGAUGAAACAGCCAAAUGGAAAAAGGAAAAAGCUAUCGAAGAGAAGUCAAAAAAGAAAAAGAAAAAAGAGAAGAAGGCUACUAAAAAAGUAAGAAGAAGGAGCGCGAAGAGAAGCGAAAAAAGAAAGCGCUGAAGAAUUGGUAGAGAAAAAGCUGAGAGAAGCAGCGCCAGCUUCAGAGCUGGAGACAAAGAGGAGAACGUGGAUGAUGGAUUCGUUUUCGGUGACAAACCGGAUCAGGCCCCGAGGAUGCUGAGUAUGGCAAAUAUCAGGGAAUUGGAAGAUUUGAAAAGUCAAUUGAGUGCCUACUAUGCCGAGGUUGAAAAGGAAUCUCAACCUUGAAAAGUUUGAAAUUGAAAAACAAUUUGUAUUAAAACCCUUCUCAAAAAACCUUACUGAGCGAUAGAAUUCUCUUGCAUUGUUCGCUGCUCUAUCCUGUUCAGCCUUAGGUUUUUGGCCUAGGAAACAAGCCUUACAUACAGUCACGUUUUUUCUCACGUAUAAAUUUUUGUCUCUCUUACCCGAUCCAUUUUCCAACAAAUAAUCAUUUCAUAAACAACAAAUGGUUUUUCUUGCUCACAACCUAACCUCAAUAAGCAUUUGUAAUCAUAAUCAGGCAACAAUAACUCUACGAAAAAGAAAAAUCAUAGGUUCUGAAAGAUACAGAAUCAUUCUGAAUAAAGUGAAUACUCAUCAAACAUGAUAAAAUAACUUACCAUUCUCAUUUUGAAAUAUCAGAUUAAACAGUUUAUCGGCAUAUGACAUCUUUCAGGCUGCUUUCCCAAGAGACAAGUCAGAACGUUUCAAACUUGUCCCUUGUAACAAGGGUCUUGUGGGUAUACUCAUUACUCUCUGAUCAUGUAAAAGGGGAUAAGUCUACCUGAUAUGACAUAACCCAUUUAUUCCAUUAAGACACUUUCUCAAUUAUUGAGGUUAUAAUAUUUAAAUAUCGACUUCUUCGAUAUUUCAAAAUUAGCUCACCUAAAGGACUACUUUUACACUUCUCAAGAAUCGGAUUAUGAGUGAAAUAGAACAAAUAAUACAUUUUGGGAAAAAAGUGACUUAUCCCUCUUUACACGCUGACCCACGAAUAUAAUACUUUAUUGAUCUUUUUUAUAGUUUGGGGAGGAGAUUCCUUUUCAACCUCGGCAUAGUAGGCACUCAAUUGACUUUUCAAAUCUUCCAAUUCUCUGAUAUUUCCCAUACUCAGCAUCCUCGAGGCCUGAUCCGGUUUGUCACCGAAAACGAAUCCAUCAUCCACGUUCUCCUCUUUGUCUCCAGCUCUGAAGCUGGCGCUGCUUCUCCCAGCUUUUUCUCUACCAAUUCUUCAGCGCUUUCUUUUUUCGCUUCUCUUCGCGCUCCUUCUUACUUUUUUCGUAGCCUUCUUCUCUUUUUUCUUCUUCUUUUUUGAUUUCUCUUCGAUAGCUUUUUCCUUUUUCCAUUUGGCUGUUUCAUCUAGGAAUUUUCAAUUUCAUUCAGCCAAAACACUUUACAACUGAACAUGUCAACAAUUAUUGACAAAUUCGAACACGAAUCUGGAAUCCGAUUUGCAAAAUUCCUUACCGUUCAUUGGAUAUGGUCGUUUUAAAAUUUGAAAAUAUAAUGUUUGAAGCUGCAUAACUAAUCCUGUAUAGUAGCUGGGGGUGCCAAACUUGGCUACGACACUACUCAGGUAGAGCUUCAUCCAUGGUGCAAAUAUCAGCCAAAUCUGAGAUACUUUUUUUACUGUUUCAAACAACUCACUCAUCAAACAAGAUAAAAUAACUUACCAUUCUCAUUUUGAAAUAUCAGAUUAAAAAGUUUAUCUGCAUGUGACAUCUUGCAGGUUGCUUUUCCAGGAGACAAGUCAGAACGUUUCAAACUUGUCCCUUGUUACAAGGGUCUUAUGGGUAUACUCAUUACUCUCUGAUCAUGUAAAAGGCGAUAAGUCUACCUGAUAUGACAUACGGUAACCCCUUUAUUCCAUUUGGCACUUUCUCAAUUAUUGAGUAAUAUCAAUGAGUUUUUACUUUCCUUGCCCUAUUAUCAUAGGUAAGGAAAGUAUUGCUUUCCAAAAAAAAUUAAGGUACCCUAAUUUCAAAUUUUCUAUAUGUUUCAAGGUUCCCUGAGUCCAAAAACAUGAUUUUUGGGUGUUGGUCUGUGUGUGUCUGUCUGUGAACACGAUAACUCCAUUCCUAAUCAACCGAUUGACUUGAAAUUUUAAACUUAAGGUCCUUAUACCAUGAGGAUCCGACAAUAUGAAAUUCAAUAAAAUUCAAUUCAAGAUGGCGGAUAAUUACUAAAAAACCAUGUUUUUGACGGUUUUCUCGAAAACGGCUCUAACGAUUUUCUUCAAUUUCAUACCAUGGAUAGCUAUUCAUAAGCCCUAUCGACUGACAUGAGUCUCAUGUCUGGGAAAAUUGCAGGAGCUCCGUAAUAUUCUUGAGAAAAAUGGCGGAUAAUUACUAAAAAACCAUGUUUUUCACGAUUUUCUCAAAAAUGACUCGACCGAUUUUUUUCAAAUUCAUACCCUGUAUAGUUAUUUAUCAGCUCUAUUAACUGGCAUGAGUCUCCUUUCUGAGAAACUAAUGGGGGGUCCACCCCAUCCUUGAGAAAUGGACUUGGUAACCAUAAAAAGAACACAUAGUCGAGAUAUUUCAUCUGUAGAACAGCUGUUUUGACGACUUUUAAAAAAUCUCAUCGAAUUUUACAAUUUACACAAAGGAAAAAUUACUCUGAAAACAAUUUUAUAUAUACACAUAUACAGUAGUCUGAUCGUAGUUUCAAAUAUGUUGCUGCCAAUCGUCAUUAUGUUAUUCCCCUAAAUUAUUCUCCUUUAAGAAUGGGGCUAACAGUUCAAUGAGCAAGGAAAGUUGUGUGAGUGCACCACACCAGAUUUUUUUUACAGCUAUUGUUUCCCCUAGAGUGCUGCGGCAAUGGGAGACUAGUAGUUGUAUAUUUGUCAAUAUUCUUACUCAAGUAAUAUUCACUGCCAAAUAAAACACUUAAGCUAACGUUCAUACAAGAUAGAAUAUUAAACAUUUCAUAGUUUAGACGGAUUGAAAAUUCAAUUUGAGGAUCAGAAAGUUGAGGAUCAAUUAUUUCAAACUAUUAAAUGGCAAACUUAAGAACUGUUUGGAUUGAACGUUUCACAUUUGUGAGUAAUGUUAGGUUGUAGAGAAGACAACAAUACGACAAGCGUGCGAUCAUGUUGCGAACCUCUAGCGAACCCUUGCGUAUCAUUACCCGUAACGUUCAUUAUCGGAGCGUGUUCGUAGCGCGUAUUUCUGUACGCACCUUUAUAUAGGCUAGUUGAAAGGUUGACAUUUUGUUUAUUAUUGUAGUUUUUAUGAAAGUUCAUUGAUCUUUAAUUUCACUGACUAAAUUUUUGGCAAAUUCAAUUUAAAAAUUAAAUUAUGAGUUUUCCAAAUAAUUCUUCCAGAAAUUGUGAUUGUCUUUUCUAGAAUAACUUCGUUUUUUUCAAGCUUUUCAUGUCCCAACUUUAUGUUUGUGAACUCACGAGCUUUAUUAUAAUUAUUCCUUUUUCAUUUCAAAGUGUAUUAUAACCGUAUUUAAUUGUGUCAAGAAUGAUAGUAUAAUUUUUUGUGUUUAAUUUAUUGGACUUUUUACCAGUGUUUUUAUUGCUUUAUAAUAUUUAUAUGCUGAUAUUUAGUAAUUUCCAUAUACACUUUUUGAAAAUCCAAUUGUAAUAUAUUAUCAGAUAAGCAGAAUUUUUCAAAAAUUAUCAACUUUCAAAAUCUAGAAUAAUGGUUCCUUAUACUGCCUUAUGGAAAGGGUUUCCUAGUGUUUAAGUAGAGAUUAAAUAAACUGUAAGCUGUUUUCGAAAAAUAUCUGCGAAAAACAAAAAUCACCUUUACACUAGAAGUACUCGAUGUCAAGGUAAUUAUUUAAUAACCUAUGAAUUGAGCCAGUAUUGCAGAGAAAGGUUUUUAUGCAGCCUGUUUUUGUGAUAGACUUAGGUUUCUACUUAUAAAUAACUUUUCUAUGAAAUAUUGUGAUAAAUUAUACUCGGUAGAAUAGGUUCACUAUUUCUACUGAUAGUGGCUGUUUGGAGGAUUGAGGUCUGAAUUCUCAAUCAUUGAUCGUAAAGCGGUCGUCACACCAACGUCUGCUAGCGGUAGCGAGCUCGCUCCCGCGGAGGUAGUUUUUCUGGAAGCAGUUCACACCAAAAAACGUCCGCCAGCGGUAGUUUGGUUUUGUUCUUGUUUUGAUGAGGCUGGUUCUCUAGAAGUGCGCUACCGAUGGCGAAGUUCUGGAGUUCGCUUUCCAUGUUAUUAGAUUGGCCACGUCAGACCGAGCUCACUACCGCUAGCGGUACUCCCACUAGGAGACGUUUCAAAAGUUCGCGAAGUGAAACUACCGCCGAGGUACUACCUCCGUGGUAGCGAGCUCGGUGUGACCUGCACAACUUAAUAACAUGGAAGGCGAGUUUUUUGACUUCGCUACCGCCGCGGACGCGAGCUCGGUGUGACCUGCCCUUAAAACAAUCAGUAUAGGACCUUUAAAUUUAGCUUGGUUGGUUCCACGCAAUAACUUUGAAAUUAUUAGUGCACAUGUGUCAUGUGGCCAUGUUCAGGGGUCUCCAAACUCCACUAAGUUCCAAUGGUCAAACGUUUUAUGAAUUUUCCAGCAAUUAUUCAUGAUUUGUUAGUUGAUUCAUUUAAUUUAAUACUUUUAAUUAAUUUAUGAAAUAGUAUUAUAGUACCCUUUUUUGAAAUAAAUUUAAAUAAUAGAUUAAAAACACAAAUUAAAACGAUUAGUUUCGAUGUUCCACAUGAUCUUCAGGUAAAAAAAAUAAUUAAAGUACACAAGGCCAGAAAAUUUACACUUAUCCAUUUAAAUAUUUGACCAUAACAUAAGAGAAAUGAUCACAUUUGCUUUGACAUUUUUCUUGCAUGAGUUUUCAAGUAUUCUUGCUCCCUGUCAAUCAGUCUGCAAAAGGUAGUUUGGAGAUCUUGUCUUAUCAUAUUCCCGUUGCUGAUUUUCUUCUUGUGAGGUUCAUCGAUGGAAAAAUCCUUGAUAUUACUCAGAAAGGAUGACAUUAAUUUUAUCCUGUUCUCGUUUGAAAUUAUCAAAACAUUCCGAAUAAUACCAAUAUAUUGCCAAUUAAAAGCAAAAACCUAACGUUACCUUUAAAAGAUAAUUAAACAAAACCUUUCAGGUUAUGCUCAUCUAAUUUUAUAGGUAGGGUGAACUGAAAUCCAGAAGAAUUGAGAUCUUCCUCUCAUAUGAACAUUUUCAUAAUUAAACUACACGGAGCUCAACUCCAAUCAACUUGUGACUGAGGAUGUGAGGUCAACAUACACUUAGCCUAUAGCUAAAUUCACUACAGAAAUCACAAUUGAAGAUCACAAUAUAGAAGUUCGCAAUACGAUACUUUUAAUGCAGUUUGAAAAACCUUCUAUUCUCGACCUCAUUGCUAUUAUAUGAAUGCCAAGGGUAUUUUCAAUAAGAAUAUUCACGAAAAUAAUUAUAUCACUCAUAUUUGUGGGUUAAUUGGAAGAGGGGGCUCUUAUUGCCUCAACUUCGCCGACAUCACUUUUUGUAAUGCUAUAAAGUGAAAAUAAAAGGCAUUUAUCUAUCUAUCUAUAUUAAUUUUCAUCUCAGCAUCAAGUUAUAGGUUUUAAGAUAAUCGCCAGCAAACAUACCGGUACCUGCCUGGCAUAUCAUUCAAAAUCGUUUAUUGUCAUUACAAAACAAGAUUGUUUGUAGAAUAUUAUACUUCCUUGCAAUCUAUGCUACAAUAAUUGUUAUUUUCCAAGAACGUCGAUUUAUAACUCGAAUGAGGAA